AUUACGACACUCGCUACGGAAGUGAAACAUUGUAGCACACAAGCGGGUUACUGACUUUGAAUGAUCGAUUUUAAUGACACAUUCUAUUUGUGUUACCCAUAUAAUGUUUAUACCUGUAAUAGCUGGAGAAAUAUAGCUAAAAAUCGAGCUAGCAGGGCUAAUUUGGCCUUGUCAGUAAUUCUAGGUACUUUUUUCUUCAUACACGUGAAUACCGUGUUGGCAAUCUGAAGUCAGCUCCUGGUGGCUCACUUCUGAAGACAACAACACUGAAGGAAAGUCAUCUUAAAUCUCUGAAUGAGGCUGUUUGCGAGGUGAAAUCUUCACAUCCUGAGGUCCCUGAAGGAGCACCCACCACAUACCACUUCCAGACUGUAGUUUUGUGAGUGUGAUUGCAGCCGGCUGAGCCCGUUUGUUGGUUUGACAUUGAGCUGCACAGUGGGAGACACUGAGCUAUAAUGAAAACCCCAGUUCAUAGUUAAUUUAAGCCCAGGUCUGUGGUGAUGUUUCGACACUGGGUUGGGAAUUUCUUCCUACGGAGGCUCUUUCACGGAGGGCCAGUGAACCGAGACCAGGUUAUGAAGCAGCUGCAGUGUUGCUAUGCUGAAGACCAGUUGUUUGAUGUGGUGGGCGAGAACAAGGCCGAUCUGACAGUUCACCAUGUCAACGUAGCUGCGAAGAAGCUGUACCAGUUUCAGAGAGGGAAGCCAGAGUUGUUCAAGGCUGAGGACCUCAUCAAGAGCCACCCGCAGUUCUUGACUCUCCGGGUUGUAGCGGAGAAUCAGAUUGCUCUUAUGGAUGAUGAUAAUUUGGUCGACAUACUUUGCAAUUUCCUCAGGUUGAAAGUGGAUUCACACGACUCUCUUGUUCAGCAGUUGGUUUCAGAAGCGUGGCUCAGACUAGACAGAUUUUCAAUGAGUUGCUUAUCCAGGUUUUCCACCUGUCUGACUGAUCACCACCAUAGUCCUCUAAUGGGCCGCAUCGUCGAUAUUAUGGAUCAGAGGUUGUCCUCUAUUGAUAGUGCCAGGAGUCUAACCCUACUGAUGGUCAGUACCUCGUACCUGAUGUCUCCACGGCUUCAGGGCGCCGUUCUUAGCAGGGUAGAGCAUUUCUUGGAAACUAAAGAUGACAUAAAUUUUGACGACCUACAAAGAGUGGUGCAGUUCCUGUACAGGAUCAGGCACAUCCACACCUCCAGACAUCUGCUGAAAACGUGCAACCAAAAAAUAUUGCUGUACAUUCCGAAGCUAACAUACGAUAACAUACGUGAUAUCUCCUUCAUUGUCCGGAUGUAUCAGUCGCUAUAUUACAGCAACCCUGACUUCACACUGGCAGUCAAAUGCAGACUAACAGAACUGAUGAAUUCAAGCAUCGAUACUUCCUCCUUCUCCAGACUGUUUGUCUGUCUGACUCCGUUGGCCAGUCAGGAGAUCAGAGACAGAUUGGAGAACAUGGCCCUCCCGAUGGCGCAUGAGCUCAGUGCGAUGGGGGCUGUGUAUAUGACAGAAGCUCUGUCAGUGACUCGGAGCAAGAAUGUUAUCUUACUGAAAGAAAUUGUAUCAGUAAUCGAAAGGAACCUUCAUGUCUACAAUCCAAGACAGAUAGGCAGAAUCACCGAAGCCUUUUUUCUGCUGAAGUACCACAACAUUGAACUCUCCACUAAAUUAAAAAACCUAUUAACCAAUUUCUUGCAGCACAGCGUCUCAACCCAGGAGGUUUGCGCGUUGACCCGGUGUCUGUCCAUUCUGCCCUGCCCGCAACUUGAUGACGUCAUGGUCUCACGGCUGAAUGCGGUGAUGCCCCAGUGCAGUCUCUAUAAUCUUUGCACCAUUUCUAAUGCUAUUAACAGGAUGGUGCGUAACAGUCCCUCCAACCGCAACAUCACUCCGAGCAAGUUCAUCCCUCUGAUGCAGAAUAUGAACUUCUGCGGGCUGGAGAAGCUACGAACAGCCAAGCGGCUGGACUUGUUGCUAAAGCAGACGAGGUUCAUGAAUGGAGAGUGGUUUGAUGAAAUACUGCUGGAAGAGAUGAUGCUCACCCUUGAGAGGAUGAAAGACCAAAUAAACUGGAGGAAUGUGACUCGGUUGGCCCUCUUCAUAACCAAAAAAAGUUACCUCUGCCCUCCCCUGUUGGAUCGGAUCGCCAGUGUGGCCAUUCAAGACAUUGACAAGAUUUCCAACAAUUCAAGUGUAGCUAGGGCCCUGCUACCGUUCCCUCUCUUGAAUUAUGAUCCUGCACAAAUAGACAACUUCUAUGAUGUUUAUGUUCAUCACAUCACUCCACAUUUCCGCUUCAUUGACCCACAUUUGCUAGUUUCACUGGGACACGCUUUGUCUAUGGCCAAGUGUUAUCCUGAAGAACUAGUCCAAGAAGUCUUCAGUAUAGGUUUUCUGAGAAAGCUGGACAACCAACUGGAAUGUGUGCCUAAUGAGUUCAGCACAAACGUCAGAAUGCGCCUCAUGGAGCUCAAUCGUGCCGUGUGUCUCGAGUGUCCCGAGUUUCAGGUGCCGUGGUUUCAUGAGAGCUUCUGCCAGCAGUGGUUAUGGAGAAGUAAAGAGAUAAGUCCUGUGAGACGGCAAAUCCACAAAACGUUGGGCGAAGUUCUCGGUGGCUCUAACUAUGUUCAAGUAGCAGUUGUCACUCCAUAUUUUCACAGCGUGGACUUCGAAUGCAUCCUGGACAGAAACCUGCAGCCGUUGCCCUACAGCCAGAGUUACGAGAGGACGAAUUCAAAGGAAAACGACAGGGAGGAGCUGCCACCUGGAGCUCAGCGAGUUGCUGUGAACUUUCUUGACUCAGAGGCCUUCUGCAAGAACUCGCACCAUAUUAAAGGUCCAGCACUGUUAAAACAAAGACAUCUUGAAAUCCUGGGAUAUCAUGUCGUUCAGAUCCCUCACUUUGAAUGGAACUCUAUGGAGCUUUCGACAGCGGAUGCCUUGAAGGAGUAUCUGAGGAAGAACCUAUUCAGAGGGCUUUCAGCUUGAAACUUGAGCGUGAACAAUGGAAGAAAUGUUGCAUUGAAUGUUUUGACACAGCUUUUGACUUUUGAGAAUUUUAGAAUGAAUGAAUGAAUGUGAAUAUACAAGUGCUCCUUAUUUUAGUUACUGAGCAUAGAGGUCCUAAACCUCAUUCAUGCUAACUGUUUGUCAUGUAUAUAAUGUGCUUUUGUAUUAAAAUGAAAAUUUCAAUACAAUAUAAAGCUUCAUUAUCUUUUUUAAAUUAUCAAUGGGUUAUAACAAACUUCUGGUAACUAUGCCAAUAUGGGGAGCUCUACAUCUAUCUAUAUAUGACAUAGAGGUUAUCAGCCCUCUCUUGGGGAGUUUUGUAUGUUAAUUCACAC